AUGUCCACCUCCACUGUGACGUCGCUCUACCGGCGGUCCCUGAAGCUGUCGCUGGAUUGGGCUGUCCAGCGAUCCAUCUGGCGCGGACAGGCCGUCUACAUUCGCUCCCUCUUCGAUGCCAACAAGGAUGUCCGUGAUCCUCGCCAGCAACAGAUCCUGCUGCGCGAGACGGAGAAGCUGCUGAAUGAGUGGAAGCACCCUGACCCCUACCGGGCUCCCACGGCCCCGGGUGGUACGUGUCGACUGUUUGAUAUUGGCUUGUCGCGUGUACAACUAACCGUCAUGAUAGGAAACAAAUGGGAGCGCAACAUUCCUGCUCCAAUUCUCCCUUGUAUGUUCAAUUGA